AUGGCUUUACCUGUUCUCAAUGGUAUUUGUCAGUUUAUUCAUCCAUUUUUACCAUUUCUAAACAGUCAUAAUGUUGAUUAUUUAACUGAUGAUCAUUGGAAUGUUUAUUUACCACAAUAUAUACGUGAUUCUUUAUUAUCGUCUAAGACGGAACAGAUUUAUGAUUUGUACGAUAAUCAUUCGAACGCUAGUGAAUCAGAAAUGCCAUUCAACAAACAAAUAACAACGUUGGAAUCUCUCUUCGAUAUAAUUAUUUAUUGGAAAAAACAGAUCAAACAAUUGACUUUAACUUCCUCGACAUAUAAACAAGACCUCGAUAAUAUAAAACAUCUUCAAAAUGAUGAACAACGCAAAAAACCACCAGCUAAUUUGUCAAGAUUUAUGAAUGAAAAAAAAGAACAUGAAGUUGAUAGAUUAGUAGAGUUGAUUGCACAUUUAGCCAGUGUUACACAAAGUGACGUGAUAGUCGAUUAUGGAAGUGGAAAAGGUUAUUUGGAUGGAGAAUUAAUUCAACAAUAUAAUUUGAAAGUAUUAGCCUUAGAAUCACAAAACCAAACGGUAAAUAGUGCCGAAAAACGUUUAAUAUUAAUGAAUAAAAAGCAGCACCAACAUUUCGAUGCAAACAAUUAUAAACAUACAACUGUUUACAUUGAUAAUAAAACAAAUAUUGAAGAAUUAUGUUCCGAAUACUUUCCAACAUCAACGUCAAUAAUUGUUACUGGUCUUCAUGCAUGUGGCUCAUUGUCGUCUACAAUGUUGUGGCAUUACAUUCGUAAUGAGAAAAUUAAAGUAUUAUGUAACGUUGCUUGUUGUUAUCAUUUAUUAGAGGAAAAAUUUGAUGUAAAUCCAUUUACAAAAGAGUACAGUGACAAUGAUGAACGAAGUUUUCCACUAUGUCAGAAACUAAUUGACAAUCAGUUUAAACUUGGUCGUAAUGCGCGUAUGCUCGCAUCACAAUCAAUAGAACGAAAUAGAAAUAAUAAAAUUAGAAUGGGAGCGCCUCAACGAGAUAUAACAAUCGAUUAUUCAACAUCCAUAAAUGAACUUCUUACCGAGAAACAUUUGUCAUUUUUAUCUGGUUACGGUCGAUCGCAUCACAAAUAUGAAUACGGUAUAACGGAUUAUUUGCGAAUGAGUGGGAUAUACUGGGUAACAACAUGUUUAGAUUUGUUACAUGGAUUAGAUCAAUUAGACACUGAUGAUAUCAUAAAUUUUAUCAAAUCUUGUCAAAAACCAUCCGGUGCCUUUUCACCAUCUACGCAACAUGACGAGCAUUUAUUGUAUACGUUGUCUGCUGUACAAAUACUAGUUAUAUUAGAUCGAUUAGAUAUUAUUGAUAAAGAAAAGCUAUGUUCUUAUAUAAAGCAUUUACAACAAGAAGACGGUAGUUUUGCUGGUGAUGAUUGGGGAGAAAUCGAUACACGUUUUUCUUUUUGUGCUGUGGCAUGUCUAUCGUUAAUCAAUUGUUUGAAUUCUGACGUCAUUAAUAUUGAGAAAGCUACAUCAUUCGUUGUUAGUUGCAUGAAUUUUGAUGGAGGUUUUGGAUGUAUGCCUGGCGCCGAGUCUCAUAGUGGACAAAUAUAUUGUUGUGUCGCCUAUUUGUCGAUUGUUCACAAACUAGAACUUAUUGAUACAAAUCAGUUAGGCUGGUGGUUAUGUGAGAGACAACUGGAAUCCGGUGGACUUAAUGGUAAAUUAAAAACACCUGUUUAUAAUGAUAUAUCGUCUACUGUUUAUUUUGUUAUAGGCAGACCAGAAAAGUUGCCAGAUGUGUGUUACUCAUGGUGGGUAUUAGCCUCUUUGAAAAUAAUUGGCCAUUCAAAAUGGAUCAAUCACCACAAACUAAAACAAUUCAUAUUAGCAGCACAAGACGAUGAAACAGGCGGGUUUGCCGAUCAACCGAAAAAUGUUCCCGAUCCAUUUCAUACAUUAUUUGCAGUCACUGGUUUGUCAUUGAUCAACGCCUACUCAGAGAGUAUCAUUAAACAAGUCAAUCCUGUUUAUUGUAUGCCACAAUAUGUUAUUGAUAGAAUUGGUAUUCAGAUACAAUUGUUGUAG